AUGGGAAGCAAGCAUUCCAAGGAAACAACAUCCAUAAAUGAUGCUUCUAACUUGAAUCAUCGGAUUCCUGUUGAAAGUAGUCGAAUUCCUUUUGUAGCUUUGCAGGAAGCAACAAACAACUUCGAUGACAAGUUUCUCAUUGGAAUGGGUGGCUUUGGGAAGGUUUACAGGGGUGUUCUGUGUGAUGGCACAAAGGUGGCCUUGAAAAGGGGUAAUCCUAAGUCUCGACAAGGUAUUGAAGAGUUCCGAACAGAAAUUGAGAUGCUCUCACAGCUCCGCCAUCCGCAUCUGGUUUCAUGGAUGGGAUACUGUGAUGAAAAUAAUGAGAUGAUUCUAAUUUAUGAGUACAUGGAGAAUGGGAACCUCAGGAGCCACUUGUAUGGGUCAGAUCUACGUCUACCCAGUAUGAGCUGGGAGCAGAGGCUGGAGAUAUGCAUUGGGAUAGCCAGAGGUCUGCACUACCUUCAUACCAGUGCAGUUAUACAUCGUGAUGUCAAGUCUACAAACAUAUUGCUUGAUGAGAAUUUUGUGGCAAAAAUUACUGAUUUUGGAAUAUCCAAGACAGGGACAGGGACUGAGCUUGAUCAAACUCAAACGCAUAUUAGCACAAACGUGAAAGGAACUAUGGGCUACCUUGACCCCGAAUAUUUUAGGAGGCAACAACUGACAGAAAAAUCUGAUGUUUAUUCUUUUGGUGUUGUUUUAUGUGAAGUUCUUUGUGCUAGGCCUGUCGUAACUCCAUCUCUUCCGAGGGAUCAGGUCCACAUAGCUGAAUGGGCAUUGAAGUGGCAGAAGAAGGGACAACUGGAACAAAUCAUAGAUCCCAAUCUUAUUGGCAAAAUAAGACCAGAUUCCCUCAGGAAGUUUGGAGAAACAGUGGAGAAAUGCUUAGCUGGUUAUGACGUAAAUAGGCCAUCUAUGAGACAUGUGUUGUGGAAUCUAGAGUAUGCACUUCAUCUCCAAGAGCCUGUCAUUCAAGAUGAUUCGGAAGAAAACAGUACCAGCUGUGUUGGCGAGAGCUCUUCACAAGUCAAUGCUAUCAGUCAUGUUGAUGCCAAUUUUUCUGCGGCUCAGAUCGAGAAUUCAAAUUUUGAUGAUCACACGGUGAAGCAGGGUCAGGAACGACGAAUCUCUUUAUGAUAAACAGAUCCAUUUUGCAAGUUCGUUAUUACGGGUAGUUCCUACAAAGGAUCGGACUAAUGACGUAUACAAUACUUGAAUUCUCGAUGUAGAUGCUACAUGGUUGGUUCUCAUUGUCUGGGGAUGAGUAAGGUUUUCUCACAAUUAAUUUAGUCCAAGGAUGGAUAUGUAAGUGAAAGUGGUACAUACCAUCCUUAAGUGUUUGUUAAUUCCACGCUUGUUCAUGCAUCAUAUGACGAUUGAUUUUAUGUGUUUCUAACAAUUUAUUCUACAAAUUUCUGAGUUUUAUAUAGAAAGUAAACUUUGAAAA